UCUCAGCUCUUGCGGUGCAGGAGAGAGAGAGAGAGAGUUGGGUAGAAACAGAAAGGAGUUUGAAAGAGAGAAAAAAAGUUUUUUUUCAAAACUUUUUUUGCCCGGUUGCAAGAUUGUGUCCGUUUGGUGCGGUCACCACUGCGUCUGGAUGAGGGAGAAGUGAACAUAGAGCACCGGAGACUGAUCAAUAAUUAAAAAAAAAAAAAAAAAAAAAAAAAAAAAAAAGUUUGCCGAAAACCGCAGAAGCGAAGGACUUUGAUUUUUUUUUUUUUUUCCAGCGUGUGAAGGCUGGACAAAAUGGGGACGAGGAGCGGUUUAGAGGGUCUUUCUGGACUUAUUAUCUCCCUAAUAUUAAUAUCGCAACUUAUACACGUGGCCCAUGGAUCAAAGGUCUGGGGAGAGGUAGCUCUACCUGAGGACAUGGAGUCCCAUGCAGGCGGCAGACGGUGGGAGAAGUAUUUAGUCGAAUCAGAUGAUGAGGACUUUGCUGCAGAUGAAGCUUCCGGAGAUCUUGGCAGCGGUGAGGAUGGAAGCACUCCUGAACCCACUCCUAUCCCCACAUUAGUGCCAUCAACAACGCCCUCUCUGGAAUCUCCUUACAUUGCUAAAAUGAUCAGCCCUGAACACCAGGAACACAGCACUUUAAUAUACUACAGAGCCCUUGUGAACUUCACCAAUUCGCUACGCUACGGACCGCAGCUGGAAGACAUUUACUCUGAAGAGUUUCAGGAUAUAUCGGACGCUGUUGUUGAUACGCUUGAAUCUGAAUAUAGCAAGAUCCCAGGAAAUCAGGAUGUCAGCGUGGUUCUAAUCAAGCUGAUCGAUGGGUAUGAGUUUGUGGAGCUGGAUGUGGGUUCGGAUUUCAACAGCGAUGAUGCGCUGAUCCGCAGCGUGCUCUACUCCGUCGUUGAAGAGGGGUCCGUCGGCUCCUAUAGCACUUCCGUGGAGGGCUUUCAGUUCAGACGUCUCGGAGUAGCACAAACCCCACCACCUCCGGAAACAAUGGAGUUCGUAGUGAUCCCAAAACCCCGCCAGUGUAUGUCGGACGAGUUCACCUGCGGGGAUGGUGAGUGUAUCCUCCUGGAAUAUCGCUGUGACAACCGAGCAGACUGCCGGGACAUGUCGGACGAGACUGGCUGUGAUUUACAAACACUUGCACCCCCAGUCAAACCUACACCCCCAGUUAUCCCCACGACAACUGUGCGGCCAGCGACCACCCCUCGGCCCCCGCCUCCUCGCACCACGCCGAGAAAAGGCCUCCCUGGCCCCAUGAAACCCACCCCGGGCAGGCCCUGUCGAGUGGAUGAAGCAGUGUGCCAGAGUGGCCAGUGCAUCCUCAGAGACUACCUCUGUGAUGGGGAGAGGGACUGUGGAGACGGGAGCGACGAGCUCAACUGUGGCACUCCAUCCCCCUGUGAACCCAAUGAGUUUAAAUGCCGCAAUGGCAGGUGUGCCCUGAAGCUGUGGCGCUGUGAUGGAGACAAUGACUGUGGAGACAGCUCUGAUGAGGAGUACUGCCCCACCAAGGGUCCAGAUGACACUUGCGCCCCAGAUCAGUUCAUCUGCGUUACCGAUCGAGUCUGUAUCCCAGCCAGCUACCAGUGUGAUGAGGAGGCAGACUGCUCAGAUAGGUCUGAUGAGUAUGGCUGCACCCCUCCUCAGGUGACUAGCCCCCCUGAAGAGACCAUCAUGGCAGUCCGUGGUGAGACUGUGACCUUUUCCUGUUCAGCUGUUGGAGUCCCUACCCCCAUUAUCACCUGGAGGCUCAACUGGGGGCACAUUCCUGUCAGUGCGAGAAUUACGAUGAGCAGUAAGAAUGGACAAGGAACUCUGGUGAUUCGUGAUGUGAAGGAUGCCGACCAGGGGGCCUAUACUUGUGAGGCUAUCAAUGCCAAGGGGAUGGUGUUUGGCAUUCCUGAUGGAGUGCUUAUGAUCGAGCAAGGCCCUUGUCCCGGCGGUCACUUCAGCGUCGAGUCCAACUCUCGCUGUGUCUCUUGCUUCUGCUUUGGCAUCACCAAGAGUUGCCAGAACACCCGUCGCUAUAGAAACCAAAUCCGGCUGCGCUUCACUGAGGAAGAUGACUUUAAAGGGGUCGAUGUUUCUCUGCCCUCUAAGCCUGUGAGCCCACCUCUGACCAGCUCACAAAUCCUUAUCAACCCAGAGAUGGAGGAGUUCCAGUUGUUAGACCUGUCCAGGCGUUUCCUUAAUCUUGAGUCCUUCUGGACUCUGCCUAACCAGUUCCUGGGAAACAAGAUCGACUCGUACGGUGGGACUCUGAAAUACAAGGUGCGUUACACGCUGGCCAGGGGGCAGACCGAACCAGAGGACAGGCCGGACGUGGUGAUCGUGGGCAACGGGCAGAAGCUCAUCUACCGUAGGAGGAAACCCACCUCGCCCAAUGUGGUGAACCAGCAGGAGAUCCAGUUCACUGAGGAAAACUGGGAGCACGAAUCCAGAGCUUCUGUAUCCCGAGAGGACCUCAUGAUGACGCUGGUGAACCUCGAAGCCAUCAACAUCCGCACCGUGUACGACAGCAAGAUGGUGAGCGUGGGUCUGAGCGAUAUCAUCAUGGAUACCACCACAGUGGAGUACACCAACCAGGGCCCGGCCCUGUCUGUGGAGGAGUGCAGAUGCCCCCCUGGUUACACGGGCCUGUCCUGUGAGCGCUGCGCUGCAGAUUUCGAGCGUGUUUCAGGCAGUGAUUUCCUGGGCUUCUGUGCAGGCUGCAACUGUAACGGACACGCCAGCACCUGUGACCCAGUCGGUGGACGCUGCCUGAGCUGCCAGCAUAACACAGAGGGGCCUCAGUGUGAUAAGUGUCGGCCAGGCUUCUUUGGAGACCCAACGAGGGGUCGUCCGGACGACUGCAAGCCCUGCCCCUGUCCGUAUACCGAAACAACACGCCGGUUUUCUGCCACUUGUUUCCUGGAUACUGAUGGACUAGCAACUUGCGAUGCCUGUUCCGCAGGCUACACUGGGCGCCGCUGUGAAAAGUGUGCUGCUGGUUAUGAUGGCAACCCACUGCAACCAGGAGGCAAAUGUAUUCCUUCAAACAGCCUUUCCAAGUGUGAUACCAGGGGUACUGUGUCACCAACAAGUAGACAGUGUCUCUGUAAGCCCAAUGUUGUCGGUACCCUGUGUGACGAAUGCAAGACUGGCUCCUUCCAUCUGAGUCAGGAUAACCCUGACGGAUGCCUCCAGUGUUUCUGUAUGGGAGUCACCAAGCAGUGUGCCAGUUCCUCCUGGAACAGAGAGCAGGUGCGUGCUGCCCACAACGGGCAGGAGUUCACCCUGUCCAACUCUGCUAACACCAGGACCAUCAGCGAAGGCAUCAUUCUCCAAAGCUCUUCAGAGCUGACUUUCAGGUCUUUCUCAGAACACCCCACUGACGUGUACUACUGGGUCCUUCCAGAACGCUUCAGAGGAGACAAGGUUACUUCUUAUGGAGGGGAGCUCCAGUACACUGUGCUGUAUAAACCCAGGCCUGGCUCCCCCACAGUCCAGGGCAAGCCCGACGUCACCCUGCAAGGAAACGGCAUCUUCCUGGAACACUUCUCUGACAUCACCCCCAUUCCCGGGGUCCCAACCACCAUCACUGUGCCCUUCAGAGAGUCGGCCUGGCGGCGUUCUGAUGGCCAGCCCAGUACCCGUGAGCAUCUACUGAUGGCUCUGGCAGACACCAGCCUCUUCAUGAUCAGGGCUACACAUGCUGAAAGGAUGACCGAGUCCAGCAUUUCAAAUAUCCAUAUGGACAUUGCCGUACCCUACCCCACUGGGCAGGAGAGAGCAGCACAGGUGGAGGAGUGUGCCUGCCCGCCUGGCUACCGUGGACCCUCCUGCCAGGACUGUGACGUUGGGUACGUGCGCACAGGAAGUGGUCUGUACCUGGGUACUUGCGAGAGGUGUAACUGUAACGGACAUUCCAGCGAGUGUGACUUGGAGACUGGAGAGUGCCAGCAAUGUCAACACAACACAGCUGGGCCUCACUGUGAGAUCUGUAAACCUGGUUUCUAUGGCGACCCCAAAGAUGGAUCCCCAGAAGCAUGCAGGCCUUGUCCAUGUCCUGGGACCUCCCACUCAACACAGUUCUCUUUGACCUGCUUUUUGGAUACAGAUGGCCAGCCAACCUGUGACAACUGCCCAGCCAGCUACACUGGUCGACGCUGCGAGAGGUGUGCUGCAGGAUACUCUGGGAACCCACUCCUGGGGCGGUCGUGCAGCAGGAACGGGAAUAACAACGGGAACGAUUGCCGUUGUGACCCCAGAGGAAGUGCCAGUGACAGAUGUGAUGCCAAUGGGCAAUGCCUCUGCAAGAUGCACACGGAGGGCCCUACCUGCAGUAGCUGCAAACAUGGGCACUUCCACCUGAGUGCUGCUCUGCGGGAGGGCUGCCUGCCCUGCUUCUGUAUGGGAGUCACUCAGCAAUGCGUCAGCUCCUCUUACUACAGAGACCUGGUUUCCACGACGUUUUCUCCCGGAAACUUCCAGAACUUUGCCCUGGUGAACCGGCAACGCAGCACACGCAUCGUUACUGGAUUCUCAGUGGAAGUCGCCACUGACGGCACUCAGCUGUCACACAGCCGCUUCGGACAGCUGGGCCAGGAGGCGUUGUAUUGGCAACUUCCAGAGAACCUCCAAGGAGACAAGAGGGAGGCUUUCUUUGCCCGUAUGAGGCGAGCACACAAGAAAGAUUCAGCUUUGACUGAGGAGCAACUGAGGAAGGAUGCAGCUGUGUGGAAUUUCAUGGACUCCGUUGGCUCCAUGGGAGAAGCUCAUUCAAGGUCAAGGCGGUCGCUUAAGUCCUUGUCCAAAUUGGAGGAGAUAAAGCAGCUUGACGAUCAGAUAUGGGCGCUCAUCUCCAACUUUUCAUCCAGCCAACCCACCUCCUCUUCCUCCAGCCCUCAGCCGCUGGCCCCAGCUGAGAGCAGAGCUUUCUCUCGGCCCGUCUUCAUGGCUCCUGCUGGCCCUCCAGCCCCCCUGCAUCCCCGUGCUACCGCCCCCUCUCCUCCUUCUCCACCAUCUGGCUUCUCUUCCUCUUUCUCUGCCAGAGCUCCUCUGCCGCCCUCUCCUCUCAAUGCACCUCCUGGCUUCGCUUCCAGGCUCGUAGAGACUGAGAAAUAUCGGCAGGGUUUACCUGCACCUCAGGAACAAAGGCAGCAGUCCACAAACCUUAUCCCAGGCCUCCCUCUGUACCCCAGAGGCCCCAGGCCUGUCGACAAUGACAAGUAUGCUUUGGUCUACAGGGGUCUCAGCUUGCUUCCUGAUGGCCUCUUCUACUGGCAGCUCCCACAGCACUUCAAAGGGGAUAAGAUUGGAUCCUACGGUGGCCGCCUCCGGUACACUCUCUCCUACAAUGCUGGGGCGAGGGGAUCUCCAGUCCCUGAUGCUGAUGUGCAGAUCAUUGGUAAUGACAUCACUCUGGUUUCCUACCACCCUGAACAGCUGAGGCCCCGGGAGAGGAAGACCUUCGAAGUCAUUUUCAGAGAGCAAUACUGGAAGCGUCCGGAUGGAAUGCAGGCGACCCGGGAACACCUGAUGAUGGUCCUGGCUGACCUGGAUGAGAUCCUGGUCCGAGCCUCCUACUCCACUGACAUGCUGUCCACCAGCAUCUCGGGGGUCAGCAUGGAGGUGGCUGUGCCCACUUCCACCAGCUUGCCCCAGGCCCUGGAGGUGGAGCAGUGUGGCUGCCCGCCCGGCUACCAGGGACUGUCCUGCCAGGAUUGUGCUCCGGGCUACACCAGGACUGGAGGAGGGCUCUACCUGGGUCACUGUGAACUCUGUGACUGUAAUGGACACUCUGACUCCUGCCACCCAGAGACCGGUGUUUGUACGAGCUGUCUGCACAACACAUUUGGGCAGAUGUGUGAACAGUGCGCUUCUGGUUUCUAUGGCGACCCGACAGCCGGGACUCCAGAGGACUGCCAGCGCUGUGCGUGCCCGCUGCCGGAUCCAGACAGCCAAUUCUCCCCUACCUGUGAGAGUCAGGGCUUUGGGUACAGAUGCACUGCCUGUCAGCCUGGCUACACUGGGCAGUACUGUGAACGAUGCGCUACUGGGUACGUGGGUAAACCUCUCGAAGGGACAAAGUGUCGCCCAUUCAACCCCUCACCCCUGGUAGUCCACGUGUAUCCGGAGAGGACAGUCGUCUCCCAGGACAGUGAUGUCACCCUGCGAUGCCAGGUCACUGGAACUCCACCCCAUUACUUCUAUUGGACAAGAACAGAUGGGCGUGCCUUGCCAAGCAGCGCUCAAACACAGCGAGACGGUAAAGAGCUGCAUUUCUCCCGUAUUCAGCCCAGUGAUGCCGGGGUCUAUGUCUGUACCUGUAGGGAUCUGCGCAAUUCCAACACCAGCCGAGCUGAGAUCAUAGUAACUGCUGCUCCCUCCAAAGCCAUUGAAGUGACGGUAGAGGAACCCAAAGAGCAGAGUGUGAGCCCUGGGUCUACUGUCAGCUUCAUCUGCACUGCUCGGAGCAAGUCUCCAGCUUAUACUCUGGUCUGGACCCGACAAAACAAUGGCAAGCUUCCGGACCGGGCUAUGGACUUCAACGGCAUCUUGACCAUCCACAAUGUGCAGCCAGAGGAUGCUGGCAUCUAUGUGUGCACAGGCUCCAACAUGUUUGACAUGGAUGAGGGCACUGCACUCCUCUACGUAGCAGCUGCCUCACAGACACAGAUGUUUUACCAAGCCUAUGAAAUGUUAGAAGGGCAUAGAGCGCCUGUUGCAGGGGUCCAGCCCGUAGCGACCAUCACCCCCCCAGUCCUGACCGUCCAGCAGGGCCAGCGCGCAGAGUUCCGCUGUACAGUCACUGGAAACCCUCAGCCUGCGAUUGAGUGGUUCGGGGGCCAGGGCAACAGGAUCUCUCCCAGUGCAAUCAUUCAAGGAGGCGUCCUCCAGAUCCCUGCAGUAGAGCGCUCAGACGAGGCAGAGUACAUCUGCAGAGCGCUCAAUAUCCACGGAGCUCACUCAGCCAGGGCUGUACUAUACGUGCACAGUGCCAGUUUGCCCCACGUCCAGGUGAGCCCCCAGCGCAUAGAGGUCAGUGAGGGGGAGCCAGUGAGACUGUACUGCCGGGCCGGAGGAACCCCCAGCCCAGCUUUGACUUGGAAGAAGCUGGAUGGAGAGCUGCCAAAACAGGCAAUACCCUCUCGCGGCUUUCAUCAGUUUAAAAGCAACAGCCUCGAUGUUUUACAGAGACGUAUUGAGGAGCUGCAGGCUCGCAUGGAAAGGACCGACAUAGGGACCCUGGUGAUCCCCUCUGCUAAAGCCUCCGAUGCUGGGGUGUAUCUGUGUGUUGGCACCAACAGCAUUGGGUCUUCUGAAGGGCGAAUUGAAGUCUCUGUCGAAAGUGUUGCUGUUGCUCCAUUCUCAGUGACAAUCCAGCCAUCCCCAGCUUCAGUGCAAGAGGGCAAAUCGCUAGACUUGAAGUGCAUUGUGAGAGGAGCUCCCGCACCCAGCAUCACCUGGCACAGGUCAGGAGGACCCCUCGCCUCCAAUCACCAGGUGGUGGGCCCGCAGUUACGGAUCCUCCAGGCUACAUCUGCCGAUUCUGGGGAGUACAUCUGCCGGGCCAGCAGCAUUUCCGGAGUCCAGCAAGCCACUGUCUCUCUGUCCAUCACGGCCACCUCUUCCCGUCAGCAGACCCCCAUCAUCUCCAUUGAACCUCACAGUGCUUCAGUCAUUCAAGGACAGUCUGCCAGCUUCAGGUGCCGGGUCUACAGCGGGGCUCAGCCAAUCAGAAUCGAGUGGAAGAUGGCAAACAACCAACCACUGCUGGACAAUGUGAAGAUGACUCAAGACGGCUCCGUGAUCACAAUCAGCAACUCUCACCAUGGCAACCAGGGUGCUUACCGCUGUGUGGCCAGCAACCCCUUUGGAAUAACACACAGCAUCGUCUCCUUGUUGGUGCAAGCCCCUCCCACUGUGUCGGUGACCCCCCAGGGCCCUGUCCGGGUGAAAGUGGGCGAGCCCAUCAACCUGGAAUGCCUUGGCAUGGGUGAGCCUCGCCCGACAGUGAGCUGGCGCAGAGUGGACAGCACACAGAGAGUGGUUCUGCAGAGCCCUGUGCCAAUUGACAGCAAUGCAGUGAUGCAGGUUCUAGCAGCCCGUCCAGAAGAUGCAGGUACCUACACCUGUGUGGCAAGGAACCCAGUGGGCUCUGCUCAGAAGCAGGUGGAGGUGGUUGUGGAGGGUGGGUCUGUGGUCCCCACCAUCCCCAAGGUGUCUGUCGCAGAGCCCAUGGUAAUCGCAGUGGAGCGAGGGACCACCACACUGCGCUGCACAGCCACUGGUUACCCAAUCCCGACUAUCACGUGGUCCAAACUGAGAGCCCCUUUGCCUUGGCAGCACAAAGUGGUCAACAACAGCCUUGUCAUCCCGAAUCUGGGCCGGCAGGACUCUGGGCAGUACAUCUGCAAUGCCACUAACGCCGCUGGUACCUCCGAAAUAACCAUCAUGCUAGACGUGGAGAGCCCCCCUUACGCCACAUUGCUCCCUGACGAUCUCACCGUGAGGGUGGGCGAGGUGAUCAGGCUGCAGUGCCUGGCCCACGGGACCCAUCCUCUCCAGUACCACUGGUCCAAGGUGAAUGGCACCCUCCCCACCAGGGCGGAGGUACAGGAAGGAACCCUCCAGAUCAACCUGGCCACUGCAGCAGACUCAGGAACCUACAAGUGUGUGGUCAAAAACAAUGUGGGCACCACCGAUGCCCUGGCCAAAGUGAAUGUUAGAUUGCCAUUCAGAGAACACUCAUCUCCCCCUUCUGUGUUGGCAGCACCCCCCUCUGUGUUGGCAGCCCCUCCCACUGUGUCGGUGACCCCCCAGGGCCCUGUCCGGGUGAAAGUGGGCGAGCCCAUCAACCUGGAGUGCCUUGGCAUGGGCGAGCCUCGCCCUGCAGUGAGCUGGCGCAGAGUGGACAGCACACAGAGAGUGGUUCUGCAGAGCCCUGUGCCAAUGGACAGCAAUGCAGUGAUGCAGGUUCUAGCAGCCCGGCCAGAAGAUGCAGGUACCUACACCUGUGUGGCAAGGAACCCAGUGGGCUCUGCUCAGAAGCAGGUGGAGGUGGUUGUGGAGGGUGGGUCUGUGGUCCCCACCAUCCCCAAGGUGUCUGUCGCAGAGCCCAUGGUAAUCGCAGUGGAGCGAGGGACCACCACACUGCGCUGCACAGCCACUGGUUACCCAAUCCCGACUAUCACGUGGUCCAAACUGAGAGCCCCUUUGCCUUGGCAGCACAAAGUGGUCAACAACAGCCUCAUCAUCCCGAAUCUGGGCCAGCAGGACUCGGGGCAGUACAUCUGCAAUGCCACUAACGCCGCUGGUACCUCCGAAAUAACCAUCAUGCUAGACGUGGAGAGCCCCCCUUACACCACAUUGCUCCCCGACGAUCUCACCGUGAGGGUGGGUGAGGUGAUCAGGCUGCAGUGCCUGGCCCACGGGACCCAUCCUCUCCAGUACCAGUGGUCCAAGGUGAACGGCACGCUCCCCACCAAGGCAGAGGUGCAAGAAGGAACCCUCCAGAUCAACCUGGCCACUGCAGCAGACUCAGGAACCUACAAGUGUGUGGUCAAAAACAAUGUGGGCACCAGCGAUGCCCUGGCCAAAGUGAAUGUUAGAUCUCCCCUGUCAGUGCGGGUGUCCCCACAGGUUGAGGUGAAGGGGCGUGGCAGCACUGUGGAAUUCACCUGCUCGGCCACAGGUGGUACCAAAACCAGGAUUGAGUGGCUGAAGGAGGGCGGCAGUCUCCCGCCAAAUCACCACAUCGACAACGGAGUGCUUAGGAUUGAGAACCUGGAGCAGGGCAAUGAAGGUAUCUAUGUCUGCAGAGCCACCAAUAUGUUUGGCCAGGCCCAGGACAGCGGCAAGCUUACCGUACAAGCCCUUCCUAAGGUGAUGAUCAACGUGCGGACCUCAGUUCAGACUGUCAUGGUGGGGAACCAGGUGGAGUUUGAGUGCCAGGCUAUCGGGGAUCCCCAGCCCACUGUCACCUGGAGCAAGGUGAAUGGGAGACUGCCCUCCCACAUCAUCGUCCAAGGGGGGAUGCUGAAGAUCGAGCAGGUCAAGGAGGCCGACGCAGGGCACUACCGCUGCACCGCCACCAACACGGUGGGCUCAGUCCAGUCAGAGGUCGUCCUGAAUGUUCAGUCCAUUCCUCAGAUUGCUGCACAGCCUAAAGUGAAGGAGGUCACUGUGGGGUCAACUGCAGUCUUCCCAUGCAUGGCUUCAGGAUACCCGGCUCCAGACAUCAAAUGGACAAAGAUGGAAGGAAACCUCCCGCAGAGUGCUCGAGUGGAAGACCAUGUUCUGACAAUCCCGUCGGUGACCCCAGAGCAUUCUGGGACCUACAUCUGCACAGCCUCCAACAAACAAGGCAAAGUGCAGGCCUUCUCCCUGCUCACAGUAAGAGAACGCGUGGUGCCAUAUUUUACCCAGACUCCUCUGUCGUACCUCACGCUGCCCACCAUUAAGAAUGCAUACAAGACAUUCAACAUCAAAAUAACCUUCAGACCAGACACAGCUGAUGGUCUCAUUCUGUACGCUGGUAUGAUUAUCUAUAAUGGGCAGAAAAAGACGACCGGCGCAGACUUCAUUUCCUUUGGGCUUGUGGGCGGCAGGCCUGAAUUCAGGUUUGAUGUGGGCUCAGGCAUGGCUACAAUCCGCUACCCAACCUCCAUUAAACUGGGAGAGUUCCACACAGUGGUGCUGUACCGCAGUCAGACCCAGGGAGCUAUUGUAGUGGAUGAUCAGGCUCCCGUCAACGGCAGCUCUCAGGGUAAAUUCCAAGGCCUCGAUCUGAACGAGGAGCUCCAUGUGGGUGGUUACCCCAACUUUGCUGUCAUUUCUAAAACCACAGGGCUCAACAGUGGAUUUGUUGGUUGUAUCCGGCAGCUGAUCAUCCAAGGUGAUGAGGUGAUCUUCAAAGACCUGGACCAGAACUCCACAGGCAUCUCCGACUGCCCUACCUGCACAGAUCAGCCAUGCCAGAACGGAGGUGUAUGUGAGGACUCUGAGACCAGCAGUUACAUCUGUGACUGUCCCAUAGGAUUCACUGGAAGCAACUGUGAACAUUACUCAGCAUUGCACUGCCACCCAGAGGCCUGUGGACCAGAUGCCACCUGCAUCAACAGGCACAGUGGACUGGGUUACGAUUGCAGGUGCCAUCUGGGCAAGUCAGGAGACAAGUGUAUGAAGGGUGUCUUGGUGACUUCCCCUUCCUUUAACGGAGAAGACUCUUAUAUCUCUUAUCCUCCCAUGACCGUCGUUCACAAUGACCUGCGAAUGGACCUGGAGUUCAAACCCCUCGACUCCGAUGGGCUGCUGUUCUUCAGCGGGGGAAAGAAGAUGAAGGUUGAGGACUUUGUCUCCUUGGCAAUGGUGGAUGGGCACGUGGAGUUCCGCUUCGAGCUGGGAACAGGCAUGGCUGUGCUGCGCAGUCCCAAGCCGGUAGCACUGGGCAAGUGGCACCGCAUCAUGGCCGAACGCAGCAGCAAAGAUGGCACGCUGCGAGUGGACCACCAGAAAGAGAUCAAGAGGUCAUCCCCGGGGAAAGCUCAAGGUCUGAACAUCCACACCCCAAUGUACCUGGGUGGGGUCCCCAACAUGGCAAUCCUGCCCGAACCUGCCAACAUCAGCCGUCUCUUCCACGGGUGCAUUGGAGAGCUUUCCAUCAAUGGGAAGAAGGUGGACGUCUCGUACAGCUUCACUGACAGCAGGAACAUUGCGCAGUGCUAUGACGAGAGCCCCUGUGACCGCAUGCCCUGUCUCCAUGGGGGCUCAUGCCUGCUCACAGGAGAAUUCGAGUACCAGUGUGUCUGCCGGGACGGAUAUGAAGGGGAUCGUUGUGAGAUCUUCCAGGACAUGUGUCUGUCAGGAAAUCCCUGCAAGAAUGGAGGGAGCUGCAGCAUUAAUCAGUGUGUGUGUCUGCUGGGAUUUACUGGGCAGUUCUGUGAAGAAGGACUGACUGACACGGAACCAGAGUGGCAUGCAGAGGGUAGCGGAGGGAAUGAUUCUCCUGUUCAGUUCUCUGCGUAUUUCCACGAUGAUGGCUACGUGGCCUUACCCAAGCCAAUGUUCCCAAGAAGCUCACCAGAGGCUCCUGAAACCAUUGUGCUGGAGGUGCACACCACAUCGGCGGAUGGGCUGAUGCUGUGGCAGGGAGUGGACCCCAGUGGUGUAUCCCUUCCGCUGCAUGAUUUUAAUGAGGAGCUGGGAGAAGAUGGAAAAAGCAAGGACUUUGUGAGCCUGGGUUUACAAGAUGGACAUCUGGUCUUCGGCUACCAGCUGGGCAGUGGUGAAGCUAGAAUCGUGUCCGAAGAUCCGAUUAAUGAUGGAGACUGGCACAAGAUAACUGCAGUGCGGGCUGGGAGAGUAGGUUCAAUCCAAAUCGAUGGAGACGACAUUGUGACAGGAGAGUCGGGAGGAAGCAAGGUCAUGGUCAACACCAAAGGCAACAUCUACCUAGGUGGGGCUCCAGAUAUCUUCACACUCACUGGAGGGAAAUUCUCCUCCGGUAUCACAGGUUGCAUAAGGAACGUAGUGUUAAUGAACGCCAGACCAGGAGACCAGCCACAGCAGCCCAUUGAUCUUCAGGUUCACGCUGAGGAAGGCGUUCACGUGGAGAAGUGCCCUUCGUAGGCCAUUUACAAAGACAAAACAGAGACUUUGGAGGAAGAAACACACACGCAUAUACCAAAAAAAAAAAAAAAAAAAAAAAGGUGCUUUGCUGCUACCAAAAAACUAAAGGAUUGUUCUCUUAUAUGAAUACCAAAAAAAAAAAAAAUGAACAAGAAGUCUUUUUGAAAUCCACCUCAGUGUUGUUUUCUGAAUGAAGGAUUAUGACAAACCUACCAUCCAGGUCGGGUUACAUAUUAGCAACAGUAGCCAUAUACAUCGCUGUAGCCCUUUGACAAUCCUAUGGAGUUUGAUAUGUUUUUACAGCACUGAUUUUUUUCUUUUCUUUUUUUGAAUAUUAAGGGGGGGGGGGGGACAAACUAACCCUGUUCUGUUAUUUUAAUUUCUAGAGCCUGGGUUCUCAUACAGUGUUGUAUGGCUUUGUGGCCUAGCUGUGUUAAUACUUGAAGACGUUUAGGCCUCGUCUUUUAAUUUCUGUCUUUCGUUUUGUCCUGCGAACCACCUGGUUAGAAUGCUCAGAGCCUUAACUCAAGGAAGGGUAAUCAAAGACACCAUGUAACAAUAUUGCCUACGCCUGGACAAAAUAAAGAGAUUGCGCUCAGCAUUUAUUUUCAGCUCCCCUCACGCGACUGACUAUUACAUUUUGAGCCACUGUUACACCUGUAAAACUCUUUGGAUCGUGACAAUACUUAAUACAAUGGUGCUAAGUUAGGGAAUUUAAUCCCCAAACAAUUUUUUUUUUCUUUUUUAAAUAUAUUUCCUUUUGGUUGCCACGGCGUCCCUGGAAAUUGAAUUUCAUACUUCAGGCACUUUUAUAAUACAAUAUAGGUCACCAAAACCAGAUAGUCAGGUUUGCGUUUCCAUCCCAUCUCUGGUGUAUUAUUUUUGUGUGAGAGCAGUAAUGCUCUAAUUUAAACUGCCAUCCGAGUCCGAAAAGCUUUUUAAAAUGUUAUUCAACAAUUUUUAACAGAAGCUUUCUCUCAUCGUGUCGUGUAGAAUUUCCGUUGAAGACCUCAGGAGAGCCUCGUAAAACUGCCUCACAGGGACACCGUCCCAUUUCAGGUCCACACGAUGGUUUAGCUUAGGAAGAAUAUUAGGUUUUAGCACUUGUUGAAAUGGCAGCCUGAUACCAAAGUCAAACAAGAACCUGUAAGUAUGUGUUAUUUAGUAAGCAGUAGAAUUACAAAUAUGACAAAGUUAUUGCUGAGUUUGUGUUUGAUAAUGGUGCUCAACGCCUUCUUUUGGUCCUGCCUGAGCAUAUUUGCCAGGGAUGGUUGACUCUGUUACUGUUGUGACAGGGGUUCACAAACAUGUCACUUUUAUAUAUGUUAGGGUAUUGCAUUUUAAACUGGCACUGUCAUUGCAUCUAACAUUGCAGUUUCGUUUUAAAGCCUACAAUAGCCUCACCUCUCUAACAAUGCACAAUGCUCCUUUUUCAAUCAGAGCUUUUAAAAACUUCAAAAGUAAUCAAAACCUGAUUUAAAACAGGAUUUUCAAGAAGAUUGGGAUUAAAAUGGUGAUUUAAAAGUGAGAGAAAAUGGGGCUUUGCAGCUUUCAAAUAACCUGUUUAGUUUAUUUUACGUUAUUUAAUGUACAUGUUCAAGAUCGUCGGGCAUGUUUUGUAGAUAAAAGCCUGCUUUCUGGUUCCAAGCUGAUAACAUCUGCCCAUGAACUAGUGGGACCGAUUUCUGUGUGAUUCUGUCUGUUGGUUUACAUGGCACCAGAAAUCCUUUUAAAUCCCAAAGGCUAAACAACAAACAAUAACAAACACAACAACGAACGUUUCGAAAAAAGAGCAUGCAAUCAGAUCGUGAAUUCUAUUUGCCACGUACAUGCUGCAUUCCGAACGUUCAUGGGCAGAGGUUUUAAUCGAAGCAUUUUCCUUGAUUUAAUAAAUAUUGUUAGUAAUAAAGAGAAUUAUGUUUGAAACAUGCCUAUCUAUUUUAAAUUUGAAAAAUAACACAGCAUCAUUGUGAACUAGUGAACAUGUUUUAAUUCGGGACACCACAAAAGGGAAAUAUCGGAAUCUUAUUGAACACAGUGAGUCAUGAGAGACUUGACGUAGGUGCCUAAUCUUCAGCUGUCUGAGACGUGAGUCCACUAUAUGCCAUCUCUAUUUAAAUGGACGCAAUGUUAGCUCAACUGUUACAUUAGAUGGUGAAAAUUCCAUUAUGCAAACUCUCAUUGGGUUUUUAAUACAGUAGAAAAGCGUUUAUGUGAAAUGUAGAUAUGGCCAAGGAGGCAACGAAUCAGUAUUUUAAAUGAAUUGCUUUUAAGUAUAAGGACUGGAUAUUCUUUUUAUGUUUUCAAAAGUAGUAGAGUACACUGCAGAGACAUUUUCGAUAGAAACUAGGAACUGGUGUCCUUUUAGUUUUAUACAACAGGAUCUGUUUUUAUUUUGAAUGCAUUAAUACAAAGUUUGGGGGCAAAUGUUACACUAGUGCAAAUGGAAGAACUAUUGGGCAGUUUUGUGGUUGAGAGCUUUUGGUCUGUUCUCUAGAAUUUGGGCAAUUGUCUUUUAAUUGCUGUAACCCAGAAAAAGUGCAAAAUCUGUGACCUUUUCUAAAUGUUGUUGUUUUAUUAAUUUUAGUUUUAUUCACUCUAGUUGCAGCUUUAAUACUACUGAAUUUCAUUGUGUAUUUUUAUUUUUAUUUUUUAGCUGACAUCUAUAGUUUUUUAGAUUUUGUUUGUUAGUUUUAUUUUUGGGGUUUAAAUACUCAUGCUACUUCAUUCAGACGUGUAUCUUUGCUUUCAUUAAACUUCUCGACCCGACACAGAAAGAGUUGUUGAAACGCGCUUCUGUUUUUUUGUUUGUUCCUUGUCGAGUUGCACAGUUGUUUUGGUUCAAUGUGAUUUAAUAACAACCACAUGAGAGCAUUUUUCAAUAUUGUUGUUUUAAUGUAUUAUGUACUCCUCUACUAUUGAAUGUAAUCAUUUUUAUUAACUGUAUUUCUGGAUUAUUCCUUCUUCUUAAACACCCAAUUACAACCCCUUUAAACUGUACAUGAAGUACAAUCUGGAGCAUGCCUGCUCGCUAUUAAAAUCACACCACAGCAA